GAGUCUCUACUGACAUUAGCAUCAAGAUGGCAUCCUCAGAGCAACUACCGUCGACAUACGCAUCUGACGACUCUUACUACGGAGGCCCGCCACCAUCUUCAGAGGCCCAUAACGUGUCGUACUCCUCUUACCAAACGAUCGCAUCCCACAGGGCUCCGGAAAACCUGCUCGGUUUUCAAGGGCAGCCACUUCCUCCUGCUCCGGUCCCGAGCAACUCCCACUAUGUUAUGAGUGGUCACGGACCAACCGAUGUGAACAUGGGACCUUCCAGCGGGACACCAUUUGCUGCACCCGUAUCGGAUCCCUUUGGCCUUCCAUAUUACCAGAGCGUAGCCCCUGAUUCUAGGGCUUCCGAUGCAGCCGAUGCUUACCAUCAUGCCUACCCGCAAGGUUAUGGAACGACAAUGACAAGCCCACCUGCUUCGACAGUAUCGGCCGGGUCUAGUCACAAGAAACAUAAGCACGCAUCGCGGUCGAAAAGAUCUAGGCAACAGCAAGUGCUCUCACCAGGAAGCACAUCCUCAGCGUCUAACUCGGGCAAAUCCAGACUACGCAGUGCGUCUCGAACUAGCAAGAAUACGCACCACAACCCCCCAGCAUCAGCUGAGGAGCAAAAGAGCCGUGAGACACACAAUCAGGUCGAAAAACAAUACCGGAACAGACUCAACGCCCACUUCGAAAGCCUGUUGGAUGCUCUACCAGAAACCAUGCAAGCUGGGGAGGGUGAAGAUGAGGGAGAGGCGUUGGACUUGACCGACCGCAGAGUGAGCAAGGCAGAAGUGCUAGACAUGGCGCGGAGGCACAUCCAAACCCUGGAGCGCGAAUGUGCCGCCCUCGAAGGCGAAAGAGACGAACUACGAAAUAAUAUGGCGAGACUACGGUGGCUCUUCGGACGGUGCGAGACGGCCGAUGAAUUCAACCAGCAGUUGAACUUCCAAGACCCGGGUAGUUUAUCAUGAUUGUUACGAAGGGAGCAAAAAAGGGGUUAAAGUUAGGGCGGGAUUUUGUUGAAAUCUACAAUCUUUCGAUUCUUGUAUGACUAUUAGAUCGGCUGUGGAGUUAAUGGGUCAACAAGUGAGUUGAUAGUCAGGAACUUCAACCAGGCACAUAUUUCUUUUCU